AUGAACGCAUCUGACGUCACGAAAUUUGGAUCAGUGAGCGCGCUGAAUAUCUGAAACCAGCCGAGCUGAAAAGGACACACCGUUGACUUUUUCAUCCGUGUAAAAUCCAAUUUUAUACGAUUCGUUUAGGUCCUGUGGGAAGGCUGCUGUAGAUUGUGAUCUGGAUCGUGUGUUGGAGAGCCCAGACGUUGUAGCUAGUGCCUUUAUCUUAGCAUCAAUUUGGAGUAGUUAGCCCAUCCAUUAAAACAACUAUGUCUCAAGUCUGUAAAUGGCUGGGUGUGCUCCUCUGUUUGAGGGAGUCUCCCAAAAAGCCGAUCCACCAUCAAAUCCAUCCAGACAGCGAGCUUUUUGAUGCCAUCAUUGUCUGGAAAGAGGCCAAACGAGAGAGCACUGGAGGUAUCUCCUAUGAGGUGAUCCUCAAGCCUGCCUCAACUGACGCCCCUUUACAGGGAUCCCCACCAAAGGCCAAGGCUGUUGACCUGUCAAAGGAGACCAUUGAACAGAAACUACAGAGAGCUGAGGAAAAGAGAAAGUCUUUAGAGGCACAGAAACUGGAGAGUCUGGCCAAGCAGGCUGACAAGAUUCAGGUUGGUGUGAGUAAAGCUCGGGAAGAGGAAGAGAAGUUUGCCAAGGCCACGGAGGAGAGACUGAGGAAGCGAUUGGAAGAGAAGAAAGAGAACCGUGAGGCCCAAAUCAAAGCUCUGCAGGAGCGGCUGCGUGAGCAUCUGAAGCAUGUCCAUGAGACAUGCAGUAGCAGCGACAGCCUGAGCAAAGAGCUGGAAAAGAGACUGCAGCAAAAGUAUGAGGCCCACGAGGAAAACAGGAACGCCCAGCUACAGUCUGUGAUUGAUCGCUUGCGUGAGCAUGCCAAGCACAUUGAAGAGGUGUGCAAAGCCAGCGAAAAUGUUAACAAGGUUGACGAGGAAAAAAUGGUGCAGCGCAUGACAACUGCUUUGAAAAACCGUGAAGAGUUCCUGAAUGGAAUACAGAAAAGACUGAAAGAGCAUGAGCGCCGAAUCGAAGAAGUGCGCCAGAACAAGAACAGCAUUCAGCCUGUUGAAGGAGAGGCCACUGAAGCUUCGAGUUGAACAAGUCACCCACUUUGCAUGGGUCACCAACCAGCUGCCAAGGGGACCAACAUGUGGUGUACAUAGAGCUGAGAUUGUGCAGAAAGAAAGAAGCUUAGCCAUACCUGCCUGGGGAACAGCUCUAUUUCUUAGACUUUCACUUUCAUUUUGACACUGCCAUUGUUGAUUGUCCAUUGAAUAAGCUUGACUUAAGUAUCCUAAAGGUAUUUCCUGUUUUUUCUUGACCAGUAUAACUUCUGUUGCUAUUGUCACGGAUGUAUUGGCGAUGAACCCUUCCCUCAAAUGCCUGGACGAUGCCAUGUGGUACAUACCAGUUCAUUGGAGGGGGGGGGAAGGAAGUGAGUUUUUGUGCAUCUAGCCAUCAUAACUGAUAGUGUGCUUUCUUGAAGAGCCAUGAUACAUGUCUGUAAGUGUGAUGAUGUGGCACCACUGAUCUUAACCCAAAAGAUGUUCAUGUAUAAAUGAAUUGUGUGACUGCACAAAAUAACUGUUAACACUAAGUCAUUUCUGUUGUGUUUUUUGUACAGUUUUGUGACUAUUUUACUGGCUCUUCUCUGGAUUAAACUGUUGCUAUGCAUGGAUGUUCAAAUACACAUCUCCCUUGAUCCUUCUGCUGUGAAGCUCUCCAGUGACAUAAACCAAGCUUGAUAAUGCAUGUCACAACUCGCACUAGCCCGGAAUGUGGGACUGAGAGCCCAUUCUACAAAGGGCUGGAUAAUAAUCAACCACUGAACAUACAUGUCAAGGUUAUAGCUCAACUAGAGUUAUCUAUGUAGAAUGGGAUCUCAUCUUUGUUUCGUUGAUUUUUAUUAUUAGUACUACAUAACAUACUAGAGCAAAGCAAAGAUGUCGUUUGAAAGUCUGGAGGAAUUUUGAAUUAUCUAUGCAUAUUUUUAUUUAGGCUUCAUAGUAUUAUGCACUAGGCAUCACCUUAAUAUUAAAGGUAAGGACUAGUUAGGUUUAGAGUUCAAGCGAGAGUGACCUCUUCCUGAAUGUCUUUUAGAGAUAGCAGAACCUAUUGUAGGUGUAUACUCAUGUAGUUUAUUGGAUAAUGAUUAGUACUUAUAUUCCUGAUAUAGAGCAACAGUUGUGGGGUAGAACAUCUGACAUGUCUGUCAAUUUAUAGGAGACUGUAGCUGUGUAUAAAGAUGCUACAUAAUAGUGCUGAAUCAGCUGCUGUAUAUGGUAGUCUUGUAUGUAGGAUGCAUUAUUAUACACACCCUGAAGCAGAAGAUCUACGAAAACUAGACUAUUAAAUAACGCCUUGGCCAACGUGCACGAUAAAUUGUUAUUUUGUACCAUCCUUAUAUCCACAUUUUUAAGCAGUAUAGUUUGCCAUCGUUCUUAAAAAGAAGAGAUUCUUAAACUGCAUGUUUGUGCUCUCCUACCAGCUGCCAAAUGUCCCACCAGUGCUUUCAUGUCAUCUUUAUUACAGCACUAGCUUUGAUCCUGCAUAAGGAAGCCCUAUUGCUGUGUUGAUGUAGAAAUCAAGCAAACCUUUUUUGUUCCUUUGGUUUAAGUGGUGUGAAGUCAUAAUCACUUGGUUUGCUUUAUUUAUAGACAUUAUCAUAUCAUUUAGUAUAGGUUGUGAUUACAUUUGCCGUUUCUUUUUUCUCCCCCCCCCCCCUAUAUAUACAUGUACCGUCUAGUCUUUGAUCUCCGAUACUUACACACAUAUAUAUCCUUUAUCCACUACAGUCUUGUGAAAACUGUCUAGUCUAUCUACAACCAUCCCAUCUGUGUGAUGUUGGACCAUGUCCUGUCCAUCUAGCUAUAAAAUCUGUAUGUACUUUGAGGUGAAAAUGCUGGUGAUGCUGUGAACUGCGCAUUGUGAAUGGUUGAGGUAUCUUUUCUUUUUUCUCCGCACUACUGGAAUUGCUCAUUUCUGUAAUUGCUACUGUUGUAUCUGCCACUUUCACUCAGUAUCAUCUGAAUAAACGGUUUCAUUAUUUUGCCCAA